UCGUGCAUCUUUUGCAUGAUUCUCCAUCCAUAAACUUGACAAAGAAUUAAAGCUGUAGAUAAGUUCGUGAUAAUGGCGAUUGGCUAUCUCUCUGCCGUCGUCGUUCUAACUCUCUUGGUCAUUCCAGAUCACUGUCACGCCAAGGAUAUUCUCACCGCCGGCGAUUCACUCCCCGACGGGCAGACGUUAAUCUCCGCCGGCGAGACCUUCGAGCUGGGCUUUUUCAGCCCCGGCAGGUCCACCAACCGUUACGUAGGAAUCUGGUACUACAAUUUCUCCACCAGAACCGUCCUCUGGGUCGCCAACCGCCAGGACCCCGUCAGAGAUGAAUCGGGGAGACUCGGCAUUGCUGACGACGGCAACCUCGUCGUCCUCGACGGAAACCAGAACGUCUUAUGGUCGACUGGCUUGCCCCCUCUCUCCUCCAACUCCUCUUCGACGACGACGGUACAGUUGUUGGAAAAUGGCAACUUGAUGGUCAACGAUUCUGGCGGCGUCGCGCGGUGGGAGAGCUUUGAGAACCCCACCGACACGUACCUGCCCGGCAUGAGGAUCGGCCUCGACCUGCGAACCAACGUGAACCAGCUGUUGCGGUCGUGGAAGAGCGAGGACGAUCCGGCAGCCGGGAACUUCUCGAUGGGGGUGGACCCGCGUCGGUCGACGCAGAUCUUCAUAUGGGAGGGCACCGGACCGGGUGUUCCACGGUGGCGGUCCGGGCGGUGGAACGGCCAGGUCUUCACCGGAAUCGUAGACAUGAUUUCCACUUACCUAUACGGCUUCCGGCUGAGCGACUUCCUUCAGGAGCAGAAGAUGUACUUCUACUACAACGCCAACGACAGUUUGCAUCGCUACGUGCUGAAAUGGAACGGAACCGUGGAGCACUUGAUACGGCAAGAUGACACCGGCGUGUGGUCCAGGUACUGGGAGGCGCCGACCACGGAGUGCGAGACGUACAACAAGUGCGGCCGCUACGGGAGCUGCUCCGACGAGAACACGCCGAUAUGCAGUUGCCUCAGAGGCUUCGUGCCGGCGGUAGCGGAGGAAUGGAAGAGAGGCAACUGGAGCAGUGGGUGCGUGAGGAGGAGGGCACUGCUAUGCGAAAGCGACGGCAGCGGUAACCAAGGAGAGGACGAUGGGUUUUGGAAGAUUGAGAGGGUAAAGCUGCCGGACUCGUCGGAUUGGGACAACAACGCGAAUGAUGAAGAUGGAUGCCGCACCGCCUGCUCGAGGAAUUGCUCGUGCAGGGCCUUUGCAUAUGUGGAUGGAAUAGGAUGCCUUGCGUGGGGUGUGGAUUUGGUGGACAUACAGAUUUUCUCCAGUGGCGGUAACAACAUGUACCUCCGGCUUGCCUCCUCCGAGCUCGACAGAACAGCGAAGGUACCGACUUUUGCAAUAGCGUUAAUUGUUUUAGCUGCCAUCUUAACAAUCGGAUGCAUCUUCUAUGUUUUGCUCAAAUACAGGAACAAAAUAAGCGCUGUAUUAUUAAGGUCUCGUCCAGCAGCCACGGCAACCGUACCAUUUGAUCUGGGCAAUGACGACGGCAAUCGGAAACAACAAGUUACGCGAUCUUUUCACAUUCUUGACGAAUCCAAGGAUAAACAAUGCGAGGAGCUGCCUGUCUUGAGUUUUGAAUCCAUCAUUACUUCCACUUCCAAUUUUUCCAAGGCAAAUUUGCUUGGGGUUGGUGGAUUUGGCCCUGUUUACAAGGGUAUAUUACCUGGUGGCCAAGAGGUAGCCGUAAAGAGAUUGUCGAGGAAUUCAGGGCAAGGCCAUGAUGAAUUCAAGAAUGAGAUUAUUCUUAUUGCCCAACUACAGCAUAGAAACCUCGUCAGGAUCUUGGGUUGUUGCAUUCAAGGGGAGGAGAAGAUACUCGUCUAUGAAUACAUGCCCAAUCGAAGCUUGGACGUCAUACUUUUUGAUCCAAAAAGGAAGAGAUUACUAGACUGGAAUUCAAGGUACAACAUAAUCGAAGGUGUUGCUCGAGGCCUCCUCUAUCUGCACAGGGACUCAAGAUUACGAAUCAUACAUCGUGAUCUAAAGGCUAGCAAUAUAUUGUUGGAUAGUGAAAUGAGCCCAAAGAUUUCGGACUUCGGCAUGGCAAGAAUGUUCGGAACGGAUGAGAAGGAAACCAACACACAGCGAGUGGUGGGAACAUUUGGUUACAUGUCUCCGGAAUAUGCAAUGCAAGGAGUGUUUUCUGUUAAAUCUGAUGUUUAUAGUUUCGGUGUGCUACUUCUUGAGAUUAUUUGCGGAAUGAAAAAUAGCUCUUUUAUGCAUCAAAAAUCUUCUCUAAACCUCUUAGGCUAUGCUUGGAAGUCGUGGAACGAGGAUAAUGUGAUGGAGUUUGUGGAUCCAACAAUUAGGGAUUCCUGCUCACUGACGCAAGUAUCAAAGUGUGUAAAUGUGGGACUGUUGUGUGUGCAGGAUCGAGCAAAUGAUAGGCCAACAAUGUCGUCCGUCAUGGUAAUGCUCGAGGGUGGAGCAGCAGCUAUUUCACAGCCAAGAAGACCCACUUUUGUUGCGGACAUAGGGGGUGACACUGAAUCAUCUACAGACAAACUCAUAGGCAUUUCUUCUAAUAAUUCUAUAACUCAACUCAUUGGGAGAUGAAUGUUAAUAACUAUCAGAUACAUUAGGAAAUUUUGUACAUCUAUGGAAAACUUUUGUUGAUUAUAAAGUUGUCUAAUUGAUUUAACUAUGGCGGUUGAUACGGGAUGU